ACCACAAAAGAUUUCUAAUUCCCUUUUGUGUUCACCUCGCCUUCAGGAUGGACACGUGCCUCAGUUCACGCUUACAGAUCAUUAUCCUGUGUGUCUGUUGCACAGUGAGUAGUACUGACAUUUCCUGUAGAAAUGAAGCUGGUGAACCAGUUGAUUGGUUUAUCAUCUACAAACUGCCCAGGUAUAAGAUUGGUGAGGUUGGCAGUGGGGUGGACUACAUGUACCUGGACUCCUCAGUAGGGAGCUGGCAGAUGAGUAAAUACAUGGUGAACACCAGUCAAGGAGCCAUAGGAAACACACUGAAGCAGCUUUACACAGGACAGGCCUACAAGUCCAACAGUUCAGUGUAUGCACUCUACAAUGAUGGACCGCCAAUCCUGGAUUACAUGAAAGGAUACGGACACACUAAAGGAGUACUGCUCUUUGACCAUUCUCAAGGUUUUUGGCUUUCGCACAGCAUUCCCCAUUUCCCCUCGUUCCCUGAGAGAGGCUACCUUUACCCCUCCUCAGGAAAAGUCAACGGCCAGACUGCUCUCUGCGUGACUUACGGCUAUGACCAGUUCCUCAGUAUAGCGAAGCAGAUGGUGUACCUUUACCCACGUUUCUAUAACUGCUCUGUGCCGGCUGCAUUCACCCCCGACCUGUCGCAGUUGGCCCAGUUAUGUGAGGGCUCCAAACCCAGACUGGCCUCGGAUAGGAAUGUGGAGCAUCUUAGCUCUAUCAAAGGAGAACAGUUUGUCAGUUUUGUCAAAUCUGAACACUUUGUUGAUGACAUCUACACGGGGUGGGUGGCUCAGGCUCUGGGUGCCGACCUGCUGGUGGAGUCCUGGCAGAGAUCAGUUCACGAGCUGCCCUCCAACUGCUCCCUGCCGAAACACGUCAUGAACAUCAAGAGGAUUCAGCUUCCUGGGCCAGUCCUGUUCCAUUCCCACUACGACCACUCAAAGUGGUGCGUGUCACAGGCCUAUGAAGACCAGGUGACCUGCCUGGGGGAUCUGAACAGGGAGAAGACUCAGCUUUGGCGUGGUGGGGGGCUAGUCUGCACUUUCAACCCCCUCAUUUACAAGGCCUUCAGACAGGUGGUGGACUGGUACUUGGGCUGUUGAUUGAGAGAGAAAGAUAGGAUGAUUAGGACUAGAUUAUUCUGACAACGCAUGGGUUUAAUCGUGUUACUGUUAAAACGACUGACAUGCAAGCAACAGAAAAUGCAGUUAUCCAAUUCCUAAUCAAUUUCAGAAUACCCAUUAACUUGUUUGACUUGUGUUUCUGUAUUCUAACACCAAUUAGAUGUAGUCUUUACCUGAAUGUGGUUUUGAGAAUGAUAGCAACAGGUCAAGUCUUGGUUAAUUCCCUGACAAUGAGGGCUUAUCGUGUGACUAUGUUAAAUGACUCAAGAUGCAAUAAAGAAAGUGCUUUUAUGUGUUUUCCUUUACAA